GUUACUGACUUCGCUGAAGUAAGGUUGUCAUUUCGUUCACCUAUUCAAUAACGUGAUAGAUGAAUGGGAAAUAAUUAACAUUAUUGCAGCGAAGCCAACACAAUUCUCCUUUCCGAAACGAUUGCUGGGGCAGUAAUUAUCGAACGGGUCUGACCGUGGUGAACGCUUUUAAACACCGCCAUCGCCAUGAUCGAUGUGGAAAACAAAGAUGGCGGAAUAAUACGGUGAUCAUAACCAAACGCUCUGAAUUUUUGUAGUUAUGUACAUUAGUGGGCGGAGGUGGCAGCGGUGUCGUGGUGUCUGAGAGAGGGGGAGCUCCAUGGUCCGGCCGGGGUGAUGCCGCCGCGGCCAGCGGCUAUGGCGGCUGAGGAAAACCGUCCCCCACUCGCUCUGUUUACCGCCGUCUACGACUACGUAGCGCAGGGGGAAGACGAGCUCUCCCUUCGUAGGGGGGAGAUCGUCGAGGUCCUGUCUAAAGAUGCGAACAUAUCGGGUGACGAGGGUUGGUGGACGGGAAAGAUUGGAGACCGUGUGGGAAUAUUUCCCGCGGUAUACGUGACAGAAGAAGAUCCGCUGGCCGUCACGUCUGUCAUAGGAGAUGUGGACCCCCCUCGAGUGUCGUUCUCUGAGCUUAAACUCGAGGAGGUGAUCGGCGUCGGCGGUUUUGGUAAAGUUUACCGUGGUUAUUGGAAUGACGAAGUGGUAGCGGUAAAGGCCGCACGCCAGGACGCAAAUGAGGACAUUGAAGUUAUCAAAGAGAGUGUACUGCAAGAAGCAAAACUGUUUUGGAUGUUGCAGCAUGAAAAUAUAGUGUCGUUAAAAGGUGUUUGUUUGGAAGAGCCUAAUUUGUGUUUGGUGAUGGAGUAUGCUCGUGGUGGCCCACUAAAUAGGGUGCUAUCUGGGCGGAAGAUACGGCCUGGGAUUCUCGUGGACUGGGCUAUUCAAGUUGCUCGCGGUAUGGCGUAUCUCCAUGUUGAUGCACCUAUUUCUCUUAUUCAUCGAGACCUAAAGAGUUCAAAUGUUUUGUUAAGUGAGACGAUAUUAACAGACGACAUGUUAGAGAACAAAACCCUGAAGAUAACCGACUUUGGUCUCGCCCGGGAGGUCUACAAAACGACCAGAAUGUCUGCAGCGGGGACUUACGCCUGGAUGCCACCUGAGGUGAUAAAGAACUCGACGUUUUCCCACGCGUCAGACGUCUGGUCUUAUGGGGUUUUACUUUGGGAACUACUCACGGGGGAGACUCCUUAUAAAGGCAUCGAUGCGUUAGCGGUCGCUUAUGGGGUCGCUGUCAACAAACUGACGCUGCCCAUACCCAGUACGUGCCCGGAGCCUUGGAGGGUGCUUAUGGAAGCCUGCUGGCAUUCGAACCCUCGAGAACGGCCGUUAUUCCCUGAAAUCCUGGAACAGCUGGAACGAAUCAGACAAUCAGAAUUCACUCGCGCACCUCACGAAAGCUUUCAUACAAUGCAAGAUGGAUGGAGGAUAGAAAUCGAAGAGGUUCUGAGGGAUCUAAGGAGAAAAGAGAAGGAGCUUCGAUGUCGCGAAGAAGAACUCACCAGAGCCCAGCUCCAGCAGAGGCUGGUGGAACAGAACCUCGCGCAGAAAGAGAGGGAGUUGGAGAUGAGAGAGAUCGAUCUGGCAGCUCGCGAAUUGCACAUACUAAUAUUCGCUAGUAAUAUGUCGCAGCAACCGCCGCAGCCUAACAAACGGAAAGGCAAAUUCAGCAAGAUCCGUCUGCUAAAGAAGGACACGAUCUCCUCGCCCCUGGACUUUCGUCACACGCUGACGGUGAGGCCCAACGACGAGGCCAGCGUGAAGCAGUUGGUCGCCGUCGCCAAGGACACGCCGCCCGGAUCCCCCGCGAUCAUGCGGGCCAUCGCUCUGCCCGCGGACGGCGUGAAAGGCAAGACGUGGGGUCCUUCCACCGGACACACGCGCACGCGCACGCACCUGCCGCUGCCCGCCCUCCGCGCCCGUCCCCAUCGCCCCUCCGCCUCUACCUCCGCCCCCCACCUCUCGCCCGCUCGCGCCUCGCCCGCCCGGCACCCCGGUUGUUUUCUUCCUUACACAGACUUCAGUCCGGACGAAUGGGGUCCAGAGUUUCCACUCAGUUCGUCGUCGAGGUAUACGAUACCCAUGCCCACUCUUUAUAGUACGGAAGGUUAUAAGUUCAAAAAGCCGAGUAUAAUCGAGCUGGUGCUAUACAAUAUGGCGGCGUUGUUGGGUGGCGUGGCUGCCGGAUAUGACGUCAGAGUUUCUAAUGUCAGCCCACUACAUCCUACCUUACAGCCGCACAGAACGGAGUUAGAAUCGGACGUGUUGAGUCCGUCGGUGUACGAAGGAUUCGGUUUCGCGCACAACACCUACCACGGACCUACGAGGCAUGUCCGAGCACCGCUCAACGCUCUAACGGACCCCAUAUCAAGCCUUCAAGCGGAAGAACAAAAGCCUCUCCGAUUCACGGACUCUCCCACGCAUUACGCGCACCCGUCCUCUUCCUCUGGCUACGGCCAUUCCGCACAACCCCUCUCCGGCACUUCCGGUCUCGGGACCAACUACACUUCGACCCAACCGACUCCUUCGCCAAGAAGAACCUCGUCUACUUCCGAUCAUUUGGCCGAUUUAUACCAGAACUACCGAGAAAACUUCCAACCUUCCCCUUCCCAAGAGAGGCAGGACUUCUUCUACAGACCGGACUAUUACGAUAGAACAGCCGACUACGUGGUCAAACACCCGUAUUACGGGUACGACGAGUGUUCUUUCGAAUACCGGGAGUCGACCCCCGAAUACAGAUUCACACAUAGACGGACCCCGUCGAACUCCUCCGCGUCCAAUUCGCACCCGGAAGAGUUCUCCCCCAAAUUCCAAAAGUACCCCAAAGACUAUCGCCCCAAAGGCGAGUAUCCUCGAAAAAAUGACUACUCCCUUCCGAGGGAUUUCUAUCGGGAGGAAGCCGAGCGACCGGCAAAUUUGGGGCUGGAAUUGGCACCCACGAAGUUGAGGUCCAGCCUGAAAAAAUACAAGAAGUCGUCGGCGUCGGGGGGCAGUUCCGGGGGAGGGACCCCCACCAAUCCCACCCCGCCGGACAGCUUAACGAGCGAAACGGACAGCUCCUACGUUUCGGCGAGGGACGUCUCCAUCGGGUCGCAGUCUAGAGUUAGAUUCAGUCCCGAGGCGAUGGAAGAAGGAGUGGCACGUCGCGGGUCCCGGCACUCGUAGCGAAGGCUCACGAAGUUCGACGAUUACCUCGUGUGAUACGCGAUCGCACGGUGCGUCGGACGACGUUUCUCGCCGAGGGUGAUAUCUCUCUUUCUCUCUCUCUCUCUCUACCAGCAUACGGUUUGUGCUUUCUACGUUUGACUCAUUUGGUGGACCCUGUGCUAAUAUUGAACGUUUUUCAUGGCUUUUUGCCGCGAUAUUUGAAGUGUAAUCUCUUAGAUUAAUUUUUAUAUAACGACGUGAUAUCGGAAAUAGCUGACGGAACUAAUGAUUAAGUAUUUGAUUGUCGUCGAUGUUCCGAUUUUCGAGAAAAUAUUUUACAAAAAAAACUAAUCUAACUAAUAUCGGUCACGCUUCUAUUAGUUCACAAUAAAAAUAUGUUUUACACACUCACUUAAAUACCAUUGAAAUUGGGAUUCGUUACACUCGCUCACCGAGAUUGUAAAUUUAGAGACGUAUUAAAAUCUCGAUUAACGUGUAAUUUAUGUUUUAGUGGAACAAUUAAAUAAAUAAUGAAAUGAAUGUAUAUGAGAUUAUAAGUUUAGGAUUUGAGAUUUUAAGAUUUAUUUGUAGCAAACUCUUGCAUGCUAAAAAGAGUGAGUCAUUGAUUUUUUUUAAACAUGUCGAGGAAAAUAUGUUUGUGAAGCAAAGUCGAAAUAAUGAAAUCUGCCUUUCAAACCUUUUUAGCGUCUUAUAUAAAGAAGGUCGCCACGUACUCGAAUAUUUGUCAGGCACAAAAGGUGUACAGUGUAAAUACGCAAUGUACAAGCUUCAUUUAUUUAACUGGCAUUUAAGAUUUCUUAAUAAAUAGUACAAAUAUGUUAAGGUAUGUAGAAAUAUAAUCGUGUGUAUAUUUAAAACUAUAUCGCAUUUUGUACAAAGUAUUGAUAUUUUUUACUGGAAUAUCGUUUGGCUGGCCGUAGAUUCUAGAGUGAACUCAUUUCAUUGAAUUAAAUGUUUUUCUAAAUGAAUUUGUACGUUUGAUAAGCGACAAUGUUCAGGUAAUUUUUGGCGUAUACCCGUGCCUUCAAUGUCGAAUGAGCUCCUCGCUCCGGUGGCGAUGGCUGAACUGGACCACUCUGCGUAGUCCUAGUGGUUUUUGUAUUCAAGUUAUAUUUAGGUGGAAAUCGAAGUUACUAGUCGGCGUCAUCAUAAAAGAUGCAUUUUACUGAAACGUGUUAUUUUAUUGAUGAACUUAAUUAAAUUGUUUGUUUUUACCGAAUCACUUUUGUUCGUUUGAGAUGAGACUUGGUUGUUGAACUUGGGAUGUUUCCCCUUUACUUUGGAUUGAACAAACGAAUUUAAUGCAUAUUUUAUUAAAUAAGUAAUAAAAUAACAUGUUUCUAAUAGUUUCAUUGUGACAAUACGUUGAUAUUAAAGUCGAUAUUAGGUACGCAUUUUGUACUGUAAAUGUUGGAUUUGACAAAAUACGUGUUGCGAUCGACCGAAGUCGUUAAUAUUGAGCGAAAGAGAUAUUUUUAUGAGCAAGGAAUUUGAAUUUGUCAAAACUCGAGUCGACUACCGAUCGCUUAGAUUGUUCACUAGCGUAAUUAAAUAUAAGGUGUAUAUCAAAAGUAAUAUAAAAAUUAGCUUUGAUAUGAUUAGCGAAACCAGUGCCUCAUGUUUGCUGGCAAAGUGUGGAAGGUCAGGAAUUGGCAUUUUCAUUAUUAUAUUUGUAUUAUUGCAAUGUGUUUUAAAUGUCGCGGUUUAUUAUUAUUAUUUGUGCAAUAUGCGGGAAUUUUUUGCGUCCAUUAUUUUUAUUCGAAACGUCGUGAAACAGUAUUGGAUUCAGUAUUUCUAUCGAGAAAUUAUUUAUAUGUAUAUAUUUUGAUCAUUAAGUAGCGCGUAAUUUGUGCUUUGUCUGUGCCAAUAUUGCGCUUUGAAUUAUUUAUUUAGUACAAACCAAAACCUAACCAAAUUAUGUUAAGAAUCUCUCGUAUUAUAAGUUUCAGAUUAGUCACAAAUUGUUUUCUCGAGUCAACGAAACAAAACGAAACACUGUAAAUAUUCACGGCGCAAUUACUUAAAACGUCUAGUCUUAAUUUUUAUUUGAGUUUUGUUUGGUUACAACGGUUUUGCGCUCUUGCCUGUGUCAUCGAAGACCUUUCAUUUUUCUUUUCUAACUGAAUCGAAUAGAUCUUGUCUAUUCAGAAAGCUAAAUUCCUACUUAAAUCACAGAAACUGUCUUCUCUUUGUGUAAGAGUGCAAAUCCGGGCAUUCCAUUAUUUUGUACUGAACAUUCCAUGUAGGGGUGAUAUCGAGCUCUAAGUGAGCGGAAGUAUUGAAGGUUAUGUGUGCCAAUGUAUUGGGAGAAUGCCUUACGUCUGUAUGUUAAACCGACAAAUAAAUUAGAUUAAGCUUUUUA